UUUCUUUUUUUUGAUAUUUUUCUUAUUUUAUUUGGAAUUGGACAACAACAGCAAAACCAUUGUAAAUGAAAGAGGUACCGAGAAUGUUGAUGUUGCAAUACAGCAAACAUGGCGAAUGUAUUCUUAAAGAAAUUGGAGCCGCAUUUCGUGGAGAACACCCCGCCGAUCUGACAAUUGUCUGCGAGAAUAAAGUUAAAUUGCAUGCUCACAAGCUGGUCUUGGCAGCGGCAAGUCCGUUAAUUAGAAAUCUUCUGGAAGAUACACAGCUUUAUGAUUGCAUGACAACAGUAUAUUUCCCGGAUGUGAAUGCAACGUAUUUUAAAUUCUUAUUGGAUUUCUUAUACUCGGGCCAGACGUGCAUAACAUCGCGAGAUGUCAACUAUUUACAUGACCUAUUGUUGUUGUUGCAAAUUAAAUCGGACAAUUGGAAGACCACGGAUACAACACCCGUGGCAACACCAAAUAGUGUGGUGGGCGGAAGUGGUGGAGGAGGAGGAAGUUCCGGUGGUGGAGGAGGCUUAGGUUUGGGCGGAGGUGGUAGUGGUGGCGGUCUCGGCAAUACCACACCUCAUCACAUUCCCCACAACCUAAAUAAUCGCAAACUAUCCGAUUCCGAUUGUGAAAGUCCCGAUUGUGAAAAAAAGCUGAAAAGUGAAAAUGGCAAUGACAUCAAAAAGAGUCCACCCUCAUCAUGUCACUCGGAAAAGAAUGCUGCCUCGGAAGAAAACCAUGACGAUGAUGAUGACAAUUUGAAUAUCGACAGUGACAGUACAGCGGAUUUAAUGAAAACCAAGGAUAACCAAGAAGAUAUGGAUAAUCUGUCGGAUGUUAAUAGCAUAGGUGGUGGUCUAAAUCCGGUCAAUCUCUCAUUGGGUAUACGCACAAAGUCCGAACACAGUAUGAAAAAUAUAUUCCGUGGCAAAAGCAGUUAUUCUCCACCGGACUAUGAGACCCUUAACAUUAUGGAAAGUGCCAAACGUAAAACUUUGUUCUCGGACUCGGCCAAGGAUUGUUUGAAACCUCUCUCGGAACAUGGCGACUUGAAUAGUUCACCGGAUAAUUAUGUUGUGACACCACAUCGAAAACGUAGACCUGGUUUCCACUCCUCGCCCAGCCACAAACCGUUCGUUUCCUAUCAACAAAAUCUGCUCGAUGAAUUCCGUUCCGCCAAAUCGGCCCUUUCACCCAUGUCCGGCUACUUACCUGAUAAAAAUAUGUUACUGCCACUGGAUGAUGGCGGGGUGAUAAAUCCGGCAGAUAUAUUACCACAAAAUCGUUUGGCCCUGGAAAAGAGUAUAACCCGACAUGACAGCAGCCCUGAAAAGACAGUACAAUUACCACCACAGUUGGUCUAUCAAUGGCAAUCUACCCACCACAACUCGAAUCUAUCAUCGUUAUCACAUCUGCAACCGGGUCUUACAUCCAUAGCGGAUAUUAAUUUAAGCCUGGACGGCUCCAGUAAUCAAAAUUCCUCCGGCAAUUGUGGUGGUGGUGGUGGCGGCGGCGGCUCAGCGGGCAGUGGCGUUGGAGGAGGUGGCGGCGGCGGUGGCAACUCACAGAAUUCGGUACGUGAAUAUCGCUGCGAAUACUGUGGCAAACAAUUCGGCAUGUCAUGGAACCUAAAGACCCAUCUGCGGGUGCACACCGGUGAGAAGCCGUUCGCCUGCCGCCUCUGCAUUGCGAUGUUCAAACAAAAGGCCCAUUUACUAAAACAUUUGUGUUCAGUUCAUAGAAAUGUCAUUACCACCAAUGGCAGCGACAAUGACACGCGAUAUUGUUGCUGCUUCUGUUCAAUGUAUUUCGAAUCAGUACAAGAGUUGGUCCGGCAUUUGUCGGGUCAUCACAACAAUUUAUUGUUAGCUAAAAAUUUACGCGAUUAGUACUUGAAUAAUAUUAAAUAUAUAACUAAAUAGAUAAGCAUAA